AUGAGGAGGCAGAACUACUUGGCCAGCGCUUCGCGUCCUGUCGAGAUGGCGCCAAUCCCACCUUUCCCCAAGAAACAGAUGCUGGUUCUAUGUAGGUCCAUGAUCCCCGACAUUCACAGCCCCUGGGGUCGUGGGAGUGGCCUUGGUGACGAGAUAUGUGAGCCCAUCGCAUUCAUGGGCAUCUUUCCCUACAUCUACUACAUGGUGCAGGAUUUCCACAUCACCGAGGACAAGUCAAAGAUCUCCAUGUACGCAGGCAUGGUCACGUCCGCCUUCACCUUCGCCGAGUUCUGCACCGGCAUCUUCUGGGGCAGGCUCAGCGACAGGAUCGGACGCAAGCCUGUCUUGCUCACCGGGCUCCUUGGCACCGCGCUGAGUGUUCUGCUGUUCGGCUUCGCGCCGAGCCUCCCAGUCGCUCUGUUCGCGAGGGCUCUCGGCGGCCUCUUGAACGGAAACGUGGGCGUGCUGCAGACCACGGUCGCAGAGAUCGUCACCGUCAAGGAGCACCAACCCCGAGCCUACACGAUCAUGCCGCUCGUGUGGAACGUUGGGUCCAUCGUCGGACCGGCCAUCGGCGGCGCGCUCGCCUCGCCGUGCAAAUAUUACCCCAGCAUCUUCCCGCCUGGCACGAUCUGGGAGCGAUUCCCGUACCUGCUGCCCAACCUCUUCAGCGCCGCGGCCGUGUUCUUUGGACUCUUGGUCGGGCUCCUGUUUCUGGAGGAGACGCACGCCGAGAAGAAGAAGCAGCGAGACCGAGGCGUCGAGCUGGGCAACUACCUCCUCUCGUACGUCUCCUGGAAGCCCUUUGCCUCGUCGCCCGAGUCCAAGAAGUGCGCCGAAGCGCAGCCGCUUCUCGACUCUGAAGAGCAGCUGCCCGGCUACUGCACGACGGAAAGCUCUCCACAGCUGUCUUCGACAACGCAGGUACCCGAGCUCGGCGAGCCUCUGGACCUGACGGCACCCAGACCGUCGGUGGCCAGCCAGUCUAGGUCCACGUCCAUGUUCAACAAGCAGAUCAUCCUCAUCAUUGUGACCUACGGUAUUCUUGCUUUCCACACCAUGACCUUUGACCAGUUGUUUCCCGUCUUCCUCAGCACAGAGCCUCCCAAGUCUGGUCGGUCGAUCAGCUCGCCGAUCAAGUUCGUCGGCGGUUUCGGGUACGAUACGCAGACGAUCGGCGUCAUCCUGGCCGUGCAGGGCGUGUACUCGAUGUUUUCGAACUACGUGCUCUUCCCGGCAGCGACGAGGCGGUUGGGCAACCUCCGUCUCUUCCAGCUCAUCUCGGCCUUUUACGUCUUCCUCUACCUCGUGACGCCCUAUCUGGUCCUCCUGCCCGAGAACCUUCGCAUGGGCGGCAUCUACGCCAUCAUCGUCUGGAAGUGCACCUUCUCGACCCUGGCCUACCCCAGCAACGCCAUUAUCCUCAACACCUCGGUGUCCUCUCGGCUGGUCCUGGGCACGAUCAACGGCUGGGCCGCAUCCGCGGCCAGCCUCUGCCGAGCCUUCGGACCCAUGAUAUCGGGGUUCUUGUACGCGACCGGCCUAGAGACGGGAUACUCGGGGCUCUCGUGGUGGAUGGCCGGUCUCGUCACGGUCGGCGGCGCGUUCCUCAGCAUGCAGCUGAAGGAGCCCAACGGGAACCUGGACGAGAAGAUCAAGGACAUCGAGGCGGUCCCCGCCGGGCCGCGCCUCCUGAAUGAGGGUGCUUGA